CACUGCAGCACGGGGGGAGCAGCGCUGGAGCCGGGCUUGUCCAGCCCGCAGCUCUCCGCCUGCCUGGCGUGUCUGUCCGGCUGUCCGUCCGCCCGUCUGCAGCAGCGCUCCAGGUGCGGCUCAGCGCAGCUCGCACCAUGUUCUCCCCGGCCCUGCUGCUGCUGCUGCUGCUGCUGGGCCCCGCGCUGCCGGCCGCGCCCCCGGCCCUGCGGAGCGGUUUGGGUAUUCCUGCUCCCUGCCGGCUGUCCCGGGCUGAGUCGGAGCUCAGGUGCCGCGUCCCAGGGGGGAAGGUGUGCAAUGACAGAGGCAGGUGUGAGUGUGGAGUCUGCAUCUGUCAAGUGACUGAGUCUGGCAAAUACUACGGUCCUCUCUGCGAGUGCCAUGACUGGGUUUGUGAGACCUACGACGGGAAAAUCUGCACAGGCCAUGGAACAUGUGACUGUGGGAAGUGCAAAUGUGAUGAAGGCUGGUAUGGUGAAGCUUGUCAGUAUCCAGCUACUUGCAAUCUUACACGUAAGAAAAGCAAUGAAAUGUGCAAGAAUUCUCAAGAUGUCAUCUGUUCUGGUGCAGGCACAUGUCAGUGUGGCAGAUGCAAAUGUGCAAACUCAGAGGGAAAUGGACUAGUAUAUGGCAAAUUUUGUGAAUGUGAUGACAGAGAAUGCAUUGAUGAUGAAACAGGAGAGAUCUGUACAGGCCAUGGAAAGUGUUACUGUGGAAACUGUUACUGUGAGGCUGGUUGGCAUGGAGAUAAAUGUGAAUUCCAGUGUGACAUCACCCCCUGGGAGAUCAAGAAAAGAUGCACAUCUCCAGAUGGCAAAAUCUGCAGCAACAGAGGCACAUGUGUUUGUGGGGAAUGCACAUGCCAUGAUGUGGACCCAACUGGUGACUGGGGAGAUAUUCAUGGAGAUACUUGUGAAUGUGAUGAAAGAAACUGCAAAGCAGUGUAUGAUAGAUACUCUGAUGACUUCUGUUCAGGUCAUGGGCAGUGUAAUUGUGGAAGAUGUGACUGUAAAGAAGGAUGGACUGGGAAAAAGUGUGAACAUCCACAUUCGUGUCCAAUGUCAGUUGAAGAAAGUGCUAAGAAAUGCCAAGGAAAUUCUAAUUUACCUUGCUCUGGUAGAGGGAGAUGUGAAUGUGGCCAAUGCACUUGUUUCCCUCCAGGAGACAACAGAGUUCAUGGCAAAAACUGUGAAUGUGAUGAUCGACAGUGUGAAAAUGCAGAUGGCAAUGUCUGUGGGGGCCAUGGUAUCUGCUCAUGUGGCCGAUGCAUUUGCCAGGAUGGGUGGUUUGGAAAGUGGUGCCAGCACUCAAGGAAGUGCAACAUGACGGAGGAGGAGAGCAGAAGUCUCUGCGAGUCAGCGGAUGGCAUAUUAUGCUCCGGGAAGGGCUCCUGCCACUGUGGAAAGUGCAUCUGUUCACCCCAGGAAUGGUACAUUUCGGGUGAUUUCUGUGAAUGCGAUGACAGAGACUGUGACAAACAUGAUGGUCUCAUUUGCACAGGUAAUGGUGUUUGUAGCUGUGGAAACUGUGAGUGCUGGGAAGGAUGGAAUGGAAAUGCUUGUGAAAUCUGGCUGGGGAGAGAAUACCCUUAAUGAAGGACGCCAAAGAUUGAGGAGAGAUUUUUUGUUUGUUUUAUUUUAGGCUGCUAGGACAUUUAAUUUCAGAAGUGUCUGGGUGUGGGUAUGCAUGAACGCACACAUACAGGGUUGUAAAUACCUUAAAACGCAUUUGAGGAUCUGCUCCUUAAAGAAAACUAAACAAGGGAGCAGGACAGCCCGAGCUUUAGACGGUGAAGUCAUAAAAUACUGGCCUUUGGAACUUCUCCAGAGAUUUUUUGUAACUUCAGUCAAACCAAUAUUUUACCAGUAAUGACUAUUUCUUUGAGCAACCUGAGGCAAAGGUAUUAGAGAUCCCUUUUUUUAACAUUAUUUACUUGGUUGUCGUGUCUUCUUAUCAUUAUGCAACAAUACACAUGUAGAGGAGUAGCAGUAGUUGAAUAUUUGUCAAACAAUUAGUUCAAUCUGUUUUAUGGUGUGUGAAAAAUACAUUAUUUGGCCCUUUUUUUUCUUCAACAAUUCUGAUUAUGAACCAACUCAUAAAUUGAGGGAAACUGUAAAGAAGCCUAUAAAAAUAUUAAUGAUUUUUUAUUUGGUCAAAUAAUUGACCUGGUUUGAUAAUUGACUGAGGUCCAGUUAUGUUACACUCAUAGGCUGAAGACCCAAAAUGUUUGAAUGGAACCUUUUCCACAAGAGAACUUUUAGUUUCUGUGGUUGAUACGUCAGUAAGUUGGUUAUCUAAUCUACAUAUUACAGUACUUUCAAAUACAUAACCUAUAGAAACAUAUGGAAUGAAACAAAUAAAGAUAUAAAAGUAUG